CAUUUCUCAACAUCCCAACGUCCAUCCCGCUAUCAGAGGAGGAGUCUUGACUGACCAGCCGUCGUCCCACGGUUAUCACCGAAAUCUUCAGCUUGCAACGCCCUUCGAACCUCUGUGGUGGCUGGCUCCGUUGUUUGGAUUCAUUUCUCUCCAUCCAGCAUCUUCCCUCUCCACUCUCGCCUCUCUUCUCUUGUUCUCUCGACCAGGAGUCGUUGCCAGAGCUCAAAUGCACGACGGGCAAGAUCACUCAAAUCUCUUUCUCUUGCCUCCUCUAGACACCUCACCGCGGUGACGGGCAUCUUCACUUCCUUGCUGGUUUUGUUCUUUGUUGUCAUUUCUGGGAGCGAUAUCCUGUACAAUAUACUCUGUGGUUUUUGUGCGUUCUGUUUUUUUUUUGGCAUAAAUUUCUUUCUUUGUCUCUUCUUUUUUUUUCCUGGGAGGGGCUUGCUUUUUCUCGGCCGUUUUAAAACGAAAACGUCGUUGAUCUGUUUGAUUUUGAUUUUGAUUUGGGGUUUUUUUUCCAAAAUUUGCUCGGUUUGAAUUUUUCGGUGUCUCUAUGCUUCCCUAUCGAUAAUGUAUCAAUAUCCCGCACAACCACCGCCUGGGUGGUCAUCCUACGACUAUGCGACCACUUCGCCCCCUCAUUACCCCUAUUACCCCGCGAACUACACCUCGCCGCACGCUUCUCCUCGUUCCAAGCGGCAUUCUUAUCGUGCCAGCUAUUCGGCUGCCAAGGAACCGGCAGGUGGUUGGCAGUCGAUGCCACAGGGGUAUGCGGGUUACUAUGAUUCAGUGCACGGCUAUUCCUCGCCUCCGCGAAAGCACGAAAAAGUUCCCGUCUAUGAUGAAGCGGACUCUCCCAAACGCUCCCGUGCUCGUCGCGCCUCCACCUCCACCCGCACUCCGCAGAAACCCAAACCCUCCGCUACUGCUGCUACGUCAAAACACGCCAAAGCCACCGAGGCAGAUGCCAUCCGCAUGGGUAUUCCGGAAGGCUACUCGAUAAAGCACUGGGAUCCCAACGAAGAACCAAUCGUCCUCCUCGGUAGCGUUUUCGAUGCCAAUUCCCUUGGCAAGUGGAUUUACGACUGGACGGUGUUCCACCACGGAGCCUCUGCGCCAAUGGCUGACGUUGCGGGCGAUCUGUGGCUUCUUCUUAUCAAGCUGGCGGGCAAAUUUAAAAGGGCGCAGGAAUGCGGGCUGCGAAUACGCAACACGGACGCACGGGAGAUGGUGGAAGGCUUCCUGGACAGUGGGGAGAGGCUGUGGCAGCGGUUCGAGAAAUUGCUAAAGGCGUGUGAACAUUUCAUGUGGAAGGCUGCGAAGCGGGAGAGCAGCAAGGGAGGGCCCGUCCAGAUGGGUCGCAAUGCCGGGUGCGAAUUUGUCGAUUCGAUCUUUGGUCGCGACCGCGAGUUGGAGAACACGGAGAAGUUGAUGAAUAGCAUUCGGCUGUGGGAUAUGCGUUUUGAUGCUAACUGCGACGAGAUCUUGCGUCAUCCGACCGCGCUUUAAGAGCACGAGUUUUUAUUUUAUUUGAUUUUCCUUUUGCCUCUUUCCUUAUUACACUUUUCUAUCUGUGUGUUAUAGAAAACUUGGAAGUGGAUAAGUAUGUGUCAGGAGCCAUGAUGAGUUGAAACGGUGUCUCUGGAAUGGUGUUGAUUGGUUAUAUUGGGGGCCAUCAAGCGAUCAACACGACGUGGAAAUCCUUCGCCCAUUUGGUAUCGGUUUCCAACCCUCCCACCAUCUCUCCCUCCGCCUCCUUAUACACCCCCUUUCCUCCUUUCCGCCAACCUACGAUACCGAAUAUCCUUGUUUGUUUCUUGUUCACAACUUACCCUCCUGCUUCAUUCUUAUCGUAUACUUCCUCGCCUCGCCGGCAAACAUUUAACCAUCCGCUCCC